AUGGCGUUUUUCAAGCAGUUACGUCGUCGCUCAAAGGCGAAUUUUCAACCAGAAUCAAAAGGCGCCGCAAAGGUGGAAAUUGUCGGCAAAUCCUCGUCCACGAUCGACACGUCCUCCCACAGCUCCAUAACUCCGCCAUCGUCGAUCAAGCCGUCCCUCUCUUCACCCAAUCUUCCUUCCUUGACCGAGCUGAACACCAAUGCCUUGUCUGUACCCCCGCCCCCGCAGCGCCCAGGGCCCCUGGGGGGUCGAUCUCAACGAAACAGCAUGGUGGGAAGCUCCUCAUCAUCCAUCAAUGGAAUCUAUCGAUCUCCCUCUAGCUCGCCAUAUGCGCCAAGAAUGGUGUCGAUCGCCGAUAAUUCCUGGGUCCACCAAAAAGUCCUACUCGUCUACGGCCAGACUGGAGAUCCAAGGACUCAAGCGCUGGACGGGACGAUCACGGUUUUCCAUCACCAAGAUAACUUCCCAUCGACUAGCUGGCCCGUCACUGAAUCGCAUUUCAAAGCUCUAGUCCACCUGGUGCCCGGUCCGAAUCGCCUUCGUUUUGACUUCAUUUCUCCCAAACUUUCCUCUGGCAGCACCCACCCCGCGGUUCACUCAGCAUGGAUCUGCAUCAACUACCUUCCUCUGUCCAACACCCCACCGUUACAGCUAGUAGUCUUACUCGGAAAGGACUCAGAAGGCACAUACGACGCCGUGCCGGAGCGGGUGGAGCGAGAAGGCAAUGACCUGGAUUUGGCGAUUCGAAAAUAUCGAACGGCGGCGUACCUCUGGCAAGCGUUCACCGGGGAGCAGAUGUUCCGCAACAACCUCGGUCGACGUUGCUUCCGCUUCGAGGAGGAGUGGCAGUCUGGUACUCUGAGUCGACGCGAUUUGGCGGUCGGACAGAUGCGCAACGAAGCCAAGGUCCACAUUGUUCGCACAGAAAAGACGGUUGCAGAGCUGCGGGACCUAAACAUCGCUCAACAAAACAAAAAUGCACAGAAGAAAGACGAGCUAUUUACGAUCGCAAAGGACGCCGUGCGAAAGCAUUUCAAUACUCGACCGGGUCAGAAACAAUACGUCUCGGUAUUGCUGCUAGACUCUCACUGGGACACAGAGCAACAAAUUAUCACGGGACACGCAGCAUUGGGCUCCGGUGAUGAUGAUAUCAAAAUGGCCAUCUUCGGGUCACACAGUCUGCAAACCUACCCAUCGUGCCUGGAAGAAGUCGUGGACGCCUUUACCGACUGCACCCGUACGGACACGGAUUACGUCGCCAACGACAAUGGGGAAGCGGGAUCGAAUUGGGAAUCCGCGAACAUUGGCAUCGGCGCGCAUUUGCACGAGGUGGGACAUCUCUUUGGCUGUCCCCACCAGGAGUCUGGCGUUAUGCUGCGCGAUUACGUACAGCUUAACCGCACAUUUUUGACCAAGGAGCCAUUUUCGACUCGCACCAAGGCUCAGGGCCUGAAAGUGUGUCUCCCGAAUGAUGAGUGCAGCUGGCAUCGGUUGGACGCCCUCCGUUUCAGGUUUCACCCCUGUUUCCGACUGCCCAGUGAUCCAUCCAUCAGCUCGGAUGAUAGUGUGCAAGUCUGGCCUGUGGAAAAUGGCAAGAUUUUGUUUACCGCGUCGUCGGGCGUUGCAUUUAUGGAGCUGUAUACGGAGGGUGAUGAAUUCUGCCGAACCUCUAUCGAAUAUCUGAACACCGAGUCUAGCGCCAAUGGCCUUCCGAAGCAAAUAUCCGUCACGGAAAGUGAGCUUCGCCUGAAAGUCUUUGGUCCUGAAAAGGAUAAGAAAGAGAAGAAACGAAAACUCAAGAUCGUGGUCUACUCCGGUGCCCUGGGAAGUUACACCGUUGAGGAUGUCGGAGCUUUGAAAUCGAAAGGCUCUUUGGUCAAGCUCCCCAAGAGUCAGACUGGGUACAAGAGUGGUAUUCUAGGCUGCUCCUCCAUGGAUGGCAGUGAGCCUCAGCAACUUCUUCUAGAGUGUGCCUUUAUUGCGACUAAACUCUUGACUUCUAUCAAGGUGUACCAUGGGAGUGCUUUGGAUGGCAUUGAAUUCUGUUAUGAGGAUAUGACCAGCCAGCUUUUUGGCAAAACUGGUGGGAAAGCUGGUGGUGAUGAGUUCGUCCUCGACACUCGGCGUGGGGAGAUUUUACUUGGAUUCUACGUCCGAGCUGGCCUCUGGAUUGAUGGAAUUGAGAUUCUCACUAGCCUUGGUAGAAAGUCUAGCUUCUAUGGCAACCCCAAUGGUGGAUCAGGACACACCUUGAUCCCGCCUCUGGGGUAUAAAAUUGCAGGUCUUUCAGGAUCCUGUGCAUCCUGGGUUGAUGGUUUUUCACUUAUCGUUCAACAUUGA